CACCAAACCCAUAAACCCUCCCCUCCCCUCCACGCCCCGCGCUAGGGUUUAUCCCCCCAUCUCGCCGCCGCCGCCGCCGCCCGUCAUGACCGCCGACACCUCGAAGCCAUUCUUCCCCGCGGUGCCGCACGCCGUGCUGCUCCCCUCCCGCGGCGCCGCAUCCCGCGCCUCCCCGGAGUCCUCCUACUGGCGCGCCUUCCGCUCCUCCGAGCUCGUCUCCGGCGCCGAGUUCGCCGUCACCGACCUCACCUUCGCCCCCGCCGACCGCGCCUCCCCGACCCUCGCCGCCGCCUGGUCCACCUCCGUGCACCUGUUCUCCGGCGACCCCCUCGAGCCUCUCCCCAGGAUCUCCGUCGCCGCCGACCUCGCCUUCUCCCCCUCCUUCCGCUCCGACGGCGCCCUCCUCGCCGCCGGCGACAAGAAGGGCGUCGUCCGCAUCUUCCGCGCCGACAAGCCCACGGCGGGGCCCCUCCGCACGCUCCGCUCCCACACCACCGAGACCCGCGUCGUCCGGUACCCGGUCGCCGGCGGCGACAAGCUCCACCUCCUCACCGCCGGCGACGAUGCGCUUCUCGCUUACUGGGACGUGCCCUCGGAGAAGCCCGUCUUCACCGUCCCGGCCGCGCACCGGGACUACAUCCGCGGCGGCGCGGCCUCCCCCGCCGACCACAACCUCUUCGCCACCGGCUCCUACGACCGCAGCGUCAAGUUGUGGGAUGCCCGCACGGGAAAUACCGGCCCUUCUUUGUCCUUCUCCCACGGGGGAUUGGUAGAGAGCGUGCUGUUCCUGCCGUCAGGCGGGCUGCUUGCCACCGCCGGAGGAAACGUGGUCAAGAUUUGGGAUGUCAUUGGCGGUGGGCGGCUCGUACACUCGGUGGAGAGCCAUGUCAAGACAGUGAUGGCACUUGCGCUUGGGAAGCUUUGCAACACCGGGGAAGUACGGCUGCUUAGUGCGGGGAUUGAUGGUUAUGUGAAGAGCUUUGAUUUUGGGAAUCUGAAGAUCACACACUCGAUGCGGCACCCACAGCCACUGUUGUCUGUGGCAUGCUCGCCCUGUGGCUCAGUGCUGGUGGCUGGGUCUUCGAAGGGGAAGAUUUAUAUGGGCAAGAGGAAGAAGAAGGCUGUAAAUGAGGAGGAAGGGAGGAAGGGUGUCAGUGGUGAGAUUGAUUGGGUGUCGCCUGAGCCAGAGAAGCCAGUGUUGAGGCCGAAUUACUUCAGGUACUUCCGCCGUGGGCAGAAUGAGAAGUCCAAGGAGGGAGACUUUGUGAUCGCGAAGCCUAAGAAGGUGAAAUUCACAGAGCAUGAUAGGUUACUGAGAAAGUUCAGGCACAAGGAUGCUCUAGUUUCAGCAUUGGUUAAAAACAAUCCGAGGAGCGUCGUGGCUGUGAUGGAGGAGCUAGUCACGAGGAGAAAGCUCAUGAGGUGCAUUGGGAAUUUGGGAACAGAGGAACUUGGGCUUCUGCUGGAGUUCCUGUACCGCAAUGCAACUUUGCCAAGGUAUGCAAGGUUCUUGUUGGUGGUGGCAAACAAGGUAGUGGAGAUGCGCGCAGAGGAUAUCCGAUCUGACGAUAAGCUGAGGGGGUACAUGAGGAAUAUUAAGAGAAUGGUUGCAGAGGAGAUCCAGAUACAGCACACGUUGCAGGGGAUUCAAGGGAUGAUUUCACCCAUGCUUGCACUUGCCAGUAGAUGAACAGGUGCUUUUCUUUACAGGGAAUUUUUAUUAUCUGUUAGUUUACAGGGUGGGCUGUCAUGUGCAAUGAUGUAUGUUACUUUGCAAAAACAUGUUUGUUAGUGAAGAUUGCCUGUUGGUUGAGAUACUCUCAUGUGCAAUGUUCUGAUAAGAUAAUUUCCAGUCAUGCACAAUUAUGAUGGUAUUCAUUGA